AUCGCCUAGUACAUUGAAGUUACUUAUGUGAAAGUUUUAAUUAUAUUUUCAUUUAUUUUAUAUAACAACAAUAAUUAUUUAACUUAACAAUAUGGAAUUUGGUUAUUUACUUUUAAAUUUAAUUUUAAUUACUGGUUAUUACGGGCUUCCUGUAGAGGAUGAUUCCUCGGUUAUCGUUAUCGAUGAAACUGAAAACAGUAUAGACGACGGCGACGUAAUUGAUCUUACUGGCUUAGAACCAAAUGCUUUUGGAUACCCUAAGGACGAAAGUGGUGAAGCCGUAGCAAAUUGGACAGAGUCAUCUCUUAUGAAUCCUGAAGAAAUGGGAGGGUAUGCAGAGGGGGACAUAUUAAUUCCUCAAUAUACAAGAAAUGGUGUUCGUGAUCAAGCAUCACUAUGGCCGAAAGGAAUUAUCCCCUACGACAUUGAUAGACGAUUCAACCAGGAGCAACGUGAUACAAUAAUGAGAGCAAUAGCUGACUAUCACAGACUUACUUGUCUCCGCUUUGUCCCCUACAAAGAUCAGGCUGAUUACAUCGCAAUCAAGAGUGCCAACACUGGUUGCUGGUCUAGUGUUGGGCGACUUGGGGGUCGUCAAGAGGUGAACCUACAGGCACCAGGCUGUAUGUCUAAAAAAGGGACGGUUUUACAUGAACUGUUACAUGCUGUGGGAUUCAUGCACGAACAGAGUCGACCAGAGAGGGAUAAUUUUGUGAAAAUACACUAUAAUAAUAUCAAAACCGGUGCCGAAAACAAUUUUAAAAAAGCUGAUCCGAAACGCUCAAAUGACUAUGGCAUAUCAUACGACUACAACAGUGUAAUGCACUACUCCGAAUAUGCUUUCUCAAAAAAUUCUCAAAAGACAAUUGAACCCAAGGUUAGUGGAGUGACACUCGGACAAAGAGAAGGCUUGAGCCGAGGAGACGUAAAAAAAAUUAACAACAUGUACAAUUGUAAA